UUGAGAUAUUUUCUGACUUGAAUAAAGAAAAUUUGAGGUAAAUAAUCAAUAAUACCUGAUAUUUGAAACGUUCUGUCACUGAUCGAGAACCUAAUCGCUGAAAAAAAUCUUCAAGUAACUCAUCAACACGACUUGAUCGUUAAACAACGAAUGGUACUCACGUGCGUAAUCGUAUUUCAAAUGAUCAGCGACUGUCGACUUUCGACCCGAUCGUGCUCGUUGCGCUAAGCCACAGUUAUCGAGGGCUUAUAAAGUCAUACCAGUGAUCAGUUUGCCCAGAGGCGUCAGUCAAGAUGGAAACGAAAAACACCCAUCUAAUAAAGUUGCGAGAGAUGAAAGAACUUAUGGAUUUGAUAAAUCCACCACCAGUCUUUAUUGAGAAGAUACCAGAGUUUAGGAAAAAGAAGCCUGAAGAUGAACAACCGAGAUCAUCGCGAUCAAGAUUGUGGAGAACUAAGAAAAUCAUAGACUAUACAAAUCCAAUUGAGGACGUUCUAGUGCGCAAACCUCAACCGAAACCAGAGCCUCCCAAAGCCUCCAAACCACCACGACCCGGAGGGAGAAAAACGAAAAAAGUUGAAGCACCACCUGAGGAAGCUCCACCAAUUGAGAGAAGAGUUAGUUUUAUUGACUCUAUGCCCAAUAUCUUGUGGAAUUUCAAUCAAGGAAAACCAAUAGAACAAGUGGAGAUUCCAAAGUGGAUGGAACCCUUCGAUACGACCGGUCUGUUCGAGCCCCGUUACGAUCUACUACCGAUGGAGUUGAUUUUGAUUAUUUUCAAACAAAUUACCACCAGUGAUCGGCUUGCAGCUGGCGAAACGUGUAGUCGUUGGAACGAAGCUUCACAUUACUAUGGACCAUUCCUCGAUCAGACCUAUUACCAUUUCGACAGAGUUGAAUAUGGUGAUCAUACAGUUCCGUUCAAGUAUUUUACACAAGGAUUCCGUUACUACCCACGAUUGGUUUUCACCCAAGUUGAGUUCAACAAACAUAGUGACUUCUGGGAAGUGCAUGGGCUUUGGAUUACUGAGCUCACCCUACGAUCCUGCGUUAUUCGGAAGAAGAAAUUUUUAUCGAUCAUGCGGAAUCUGCUGAACUUGCGCAGGCUCGAACUAAUGCAGUGCGACGAACUGUUCAAGAACUGGACUAUCGAAUACAACACCCAAGAACCAAUGUUUCCAUUCUUCUUGUUAUGUCUCAAACAUCUCUCGCUCUCCGGCUGUGACUACUUCAACGAGUUUCACUUUGAGCGGUUUAUUACGAUGGCACCAAAUCUACAAUCCAUCGACGUUUCCAACUGCUUCAUCAACCUCUACCUCUCCAAACGGAUUACCAUGCUUGAUCGAGUGAUGAAACUAAUCAGUCGGAAUCGACAUCUGAUGAAAUGCGUAAACCUCACCGAUACUCCCUGUGUAGAUGACUUCACGUGGCACUUGUUGUGUGAUAUCGAAGGCCUUCGUCUCACGCACUUCACCAUGGCCUACAGUGAACGCGUUCCGCUGAAAGAACCCGGUAUCAUCCGUUUCUUCACUAUUCAAACGGAACUCACACAUCUGGAUCUAACGUCCUCGAUCGGGCUCAACGAUGAGUGCAUGCAGAUCAUCAUAACAAGCUGUCCGCUACUGCACACGCUUAAGAUCCGUCGAUGCUGGCUACUGAGCGACGAAGGAGUCGUCGAUAUGCAUACACUUCAGCACCUCCGAGUCCUUGACAUCUCCAGCUGUGAACGAAUCAGCGACUUUGGAAUCAACACCUUCAUUGUCGGUAGACGCCAUCGAGAGAUGCACGAGCUGUAUCUAUCACUGCUGAACAACCUGUCGGACUCCACCAUGUACUACAUAAUGGUAACCUUCCAAAACCUGCAAAUCUUGGACCUGGACAGCACGGCCAACUCCGUCACGGACGAAACCAUUCAGUAUAUCAUAUGCUACCUGCAUAAUCUACGGCAUCUGAACGUCAUAGCCUGCACGAAGAUAACAGAUGCUGGAUUCACAGGGAUUGACCUACCGCAGAAGACUUUUGCAAUCUGGGAUAUUGAGGAAACCUUUUCAAUCGAUAGGCUGAAGAAACUUCGGAUACUCAAGGUUUCCGGGUGCUACAAACUCACAGAUUUCUCAUUAAGAUAUGCGUUUAAAUUUAUGGAACUUAAGGAGCUUAGUUUAUCAAGAUGUCAUCAACUAUCGAAACAGGGAAUUGAGAAGCUAGUAACGAACUGUCCAGCAUUGGAGUAUCUAGAUCUGAGCGAAUGUCCCAACAUCAAUGACAACUGCGUAGAGCUCAUCGCACAAAACUUAAAACGGCUGAGUACGCUGAAGCUGGCGAACUGUCCCCUGGUCAGCGAAGUGGGUUUGGGUUACAUCUCUGAGUACUGCAAAAACUUAAAGUACCUGUACGUGAGAGGAUGUUUCAAGUUGCCACCGGAUAUCUCGGAACGUCUGGCUAAUAUCACUACGCUGAGACAGGUGUACAAAUCUUAGAAAAUCCUUAACUUAAGUCUGAUGUCUAAGCUAUUGUACAGUUAUUUAGAACUAAUGAAACAUGAAUAAAUGUUUAUGAACGGUAAUGCAGUCUGUAGGCUUA